AAAGGGUCCCACCCCUUGGAAAUUUUAAACAACACAUCACAUCACUGCAUUAUUUCCAACUACGGCCAAGAUAAAACUGGAAGGCACCAUGAAACUUCUUCACCUUUCUCAUCCAUCCUACCCAAGAGAAGCAAAUGGCCGUCGCAAGCGACAGAGAUCUCCCGAUGACAAUUGGGUCAGAGCACAACCGUCUAAAAGAUCUGAAGGCCUUUGAUAACACCAAAACUGGCGUCAAAGGACUAGUGGAUGCUGGCAUCGUGAAAAUCCCAAAAAUUUUCAUCCGGCCACCAGAUGACAUCAUCAAGGCUUCAGCUGCUGUUCUGACCCAUAUGCAGAUUCCAAUCAUUGAUCUGGACGGCAUGGAAAGCGUUCGACGGUUGGAGAUUGUUGAUGAGAUCCGACGUGCAUCGAAGACGUGGGGCUUCUUUCAGGUGGUGAAUCAUGGGGUACCUGUAAGUGUACUGGAAGAGAUGAUUGAAGGUGUCCGUAGGUUCUUCGAGCAACCAGAUGAGGUGAAGAUGGAAUAUUACACCUGUGAUUCGAAGAGAAAAGUUUCGUAUUCUAGCAAUUUCGAUCUGUACCAAUCAACGGCUGCGAAUUGGAGGGACACCUUGAUUUGUAAGAUGGCCCCUGAUCCAUUGGACCCUCAUGAAUUGCCUGCCGCUUGCAGGGACAUAAAGAUGGAGUAUUCAAAGUAUCUCACAGGGUUAGAGACCAGGCUAUUUGAGCUACUAUCAGAGGCACUUGGGCUCAAUCCUAACUAUCUCAAAGACAUAGGUUGUGUCAGAGGGCAUGCUAUUGUAUCUCACUAUUACCCUCCAUGCCCAGAGCCAGACCUCACCCUCGGCACCACCCAUCAUUCGGACAAUGACUUCCUCACUAUCCUACUCCAAGACCAUGUUGGUGGCCUCCAAGUUCUUCAUCAAAAUCAAUGGGUUGAUGUUAGCCCAAUGCAUGGAGCUCUUAUUAUUAACAUUGGUGAUCUUCUACAGCUUAUUUCCAACGACAAGCUGAAAAGCGUCGAGCACAGGGUGCUGGCUAACCGUGUGGGCCCAUGGAUAUCCGUGGCAUGUUUCUUCACCACACAUCUCCAUCCAUCCACCAAAGUGUAUGGCCCAAUCAAGGAGUUGGUGUCAGAAGAGAAUCCACCGAAAUACAGGGAAACUACGGUCCUAGACUACAAAACUUACUAUCUAGCAAAAGGACUUGACGGGAAGUCUGCUCUCGACCAUUUCAAGCUGUGAAAGAUGCCUACGUCCAUGUUUUACAGUCCUAUGAUAGUUCUGCACCCUAUUGAAAAUGGUGGUGCGUCAUUCUCACGUGUGACACUGAUGCACACCAAUCAAGACAAAUUCAAAAUGUAGGUCCCACUAUAGGUGGAGAAUAUCUAUAAAUUCAGGUGAUCAACCAAUUCUAACCAUCCAAUUAAUGGCAACCCGUUGGACUCGAAUCAAUGGUUAAUAGUAAAAUAACGAGUCCAACAGGCGGUCUAAAUUCAAAGGGUAAACUCAGAUUGUCAUUAUUAUCUUCUCCGAAUAAGUAUUUGGUUGUGCUUCAUCUGCAGUUGGUCGGCUAUUUGGAUGGUCUGGAUUGCCAUAUGACAAUGCCAUAUUUAGGAUUGAAAAAUCACCACCAUUAAUUUCUGAAUGGUGAAAAAUAUUAUAGACUCUUUCUGAAUGGUGCAAAAUAUCAUAGACUCUAAUUUUCA